CAACAUACUUAAUUGAGUGCAGGUUUCAGUUCACAGUUUGUUUUUCCCAACAGAGCAGAUGGGCUCCUUAGGCAAUUCUCUUAUCCAUUUCGGGUCUUUCUUCUCCUCCUCUGGAGGAGGGUUAAACUGAAUCUCCAGCCUCUCUGCCAGCAGAGUAAUCCAUGGAAGGAAGAAGUGAUUCACCAGAGUCGUGUAUCACAUGACCAACCCUCGUCUAUCCACAUCCAACAGCUUUCAUCCCUUCGUGAAAAAAUAAGGGAAAACAUUCCAAAAAUAUCCUACGGGAACCUCCUAAACCACAUACUCCAAUGGAGAAAGGAGUUCUCAGGAUGAGGAAUAUGCAGCACUUGAAUCUGUCAGCUGAGUGGCACCUUUUCCCACAUUUUGAUUUAAAAAAACUUUCCCACUUUCUCCCCUCCAUUUCCAAGCAAGAUUUCACAGGCUGAUGCUGAGGUCCUAAGGUGCUGACAAAUCUUUGAUAUAUGAAACAGGGGUCUUCCCUCGCCCACCUCAAGGAGUCUACAUGCUUUUGUGCAAAUCAUUCCAUUUGUGUGCAGAAAGAAAGGAAGGGGGACAGUGUAGAGUAAUGGUUAAGAGCUGGACCUCUGAAAUCAAAUUGCUCUGGAACAGAGUUCCUGCUCUCUUUGCUGGCUGCAUGACCCUGGCCAAGUCAGUUACCCUCCCUGAGACCCCAUGUCUUCAUCUACUUAAAAAUUAAUUAUAAUCUUUAAAAUUAAUAAUAGCUAGCAUUGAUUGAGCACAUACUAUGUGCUAGGAACUAUCUAUGCUACUUUUACAUGCAUUACAUGCAUUAUCUCAUUUAAUCCUUAGCACAACCCUGUGAAGUGGUGACUAUUAUCAUCCCCAUUUUAUAGGUAAGAAAAUUAAAGCACAAAGAGGUUAAAUAGUUUGCCAGAGAUUAUAUGACUGUAAACAAAAACAGAAUUCAAAACAAGCAGUCUUCCUCUAAGACCCACGCUUUGAAUCGCUACCUUCUUCACAGUGAUGUUGUAAAGAUUAAACGAGCUCAUAAAAGUCAGGUCCCCUGCAUAGUGCUGGUUCUUCAACAAGCCUUAGAUAAAUGUUAGCUGCAGUAUUAUUUUUAGUGUUGUCAUUUGUUCCACGAGAUAUCUGGGCCAGAAAAUAGGUUUUGACAUAAGAAAUUUUGUGUCUAUUCCAGUUAACUGCCCCAACGUAUGUGUUUUGCAAUUGAACUGACAGGCCUCUGCUAUUACCUAAACAAUCUGUGUGUUAUGGGCUACCCGGUUAAGAGACGGACUAAAUGGUUGGUAAGUUGCCCAUGCAAAAAAAGUUCUUCAUACUGGAAAGAAGUAUGAAGUCUCUUAUAAAAGAAUGGCAUACUGAGCAACAGCUAGCAGAACUGUAGGAAGCACCCAGAUUAUAAAUGGAUUGUUUCACAAGUUCAUUUGUCUAUUGUUAUAAACUCUGAAUACAUAGAAAUAAGGUUGUAAAUGGUGGUUACAUUCCAAGACUAUUCACAGAAGUCUAUUUAGCCCAUUUUAAAGCUCAAUGAUAGAAAUCAUGCCAUUAGCCCAAGGGCAAGCCUAGGCUCAUGUGAUAAAAGAAUAAGAAAAGUGUCUUUCCUGGUACAGAGGAACGUUGAUAUAGAGAUAUUCAUUAUCUAUUUCUGUGUAACAAAUUAUGCCAAAACUUACCAUAUUAAGACAAUAAACAUCAUUACCUCACAGUCUAUGUGGGCCACCUGGGAGUGGCUUAGCUGGGUGGUUCUGCUCAGGAUGUCUCAAGAGGUUAAGGUCAACUCACCUCGGCUGCAGUCAUUUGAAGGCUUAACUAGGGCUGGAGAUCCCCUUCCAAUAUGGCUCACUCACAUGGCCAUUGGCAGGAGGCCUCAGCUCCUCAUCACACGGGCCUUUCCAUGGCGCUGCUUCAGUUCCUCAUGACACGGUAGCUCUGGCUUUCCCCAGUGCAAGUGACCCAAGAGUGACAACAAGAAGGCAGUUCAAUGCCUUUUAUGACCUGGUCUUGUAAGUCACACACUAUCACUUUUGUCAUAUUCUAUUCAUUAUAGGCCAUAUGCUAUUCCUUAGGAGCAGCCCACACUCAAUAGGAGGGGGAAUCUCUUGAUCGGAAGCAUAUCACAGAAUUUGUAGACCUAUCUUAAAAUCACCAUGUAGCUUUCAUUGUCCCCAUCCCUCUCUCCGGGCACCCAGUGAUACAAAAUAAUAAAAAUAAAUUGGGAUUCAGAACUGCAGCCCUUCUCAACAAAGUCUCCUGUGAAGACCCAAAACAAUCCAUGCUCUUGCCUCAACUUUUCUUGAAAAACAUCUAUCCCCUUUCCUUAAAUGGAAUCUUAUUUGAAGAAUUUAUACUAAAGAGAGAGUAAUCACACUCCUGAAAUCUUUGCUUUAUUCAUUAGUAUCUCUCAUUAGAAUUUCAGGCAAUAAAACAAACCAAAAUUAAAAAUAACAACCUUCUCCCAAACUGGGUGGAUUAAAAUAUUUGAGGGUAGGAAAGCAACCGUCAGUAAGCUGUCUCCCUUCAGCUCAUAAUGACCUGAGUGCCCUGGCUACUGAAUAUUCUGGGUCUUGGGAACUAUGGGAUCUCUGAUCUAGGUUUCCUAACCUGACUCCCAUGGCUGCAGCUCUGCAGGAAAACGGUGGGCAUUCAAAAGUGACGGACUGCCCUGGAGUCCAAAGGCAGCUGGCGCUCUUGCACCUGAGGUAUGCAAGAUUCUAAAGUGACAGGUUCAUCUUCAGAGGAAAACGAUGUUUCAUACGACUUUUUAUUGUGUUUUUUAACGUGAAAUUUGGUAAUCUAUAUAGACUGUUGUCAAAAUAGGACAUUUAUAUAAAUGGAUAGAUAGGAGUUGCAGGCAAUUCAACUCCAAGUAGGAGCUAGGGGCUUGAUCUAUGAGUUCUGACAGGGUUGUUGUUGUUUUAAAUCUUAUUUGAGUCUUAAAACCAUUUGAGAAUAUGAUGAAAGCUAAGGGACUUACUCAAGAAAAUACAUAUACCCACAAAAUUUUGCACAUAAAUUUAAGGCUUCCCGAAUCCCCUAAAACCCAUCCAGGGGAUGUGGAUUAAGAACCUCGUAAGAUUCCAAGGGAGAAGGGGUGGAAGCUUAUUGCCAUUCCAUUUUUCCAUUAAAAUUUAGAUCCAAAUCAGAAGCUACUCCUGAGAACUUAAUUCUUUUUCAUUUUUUUGUGGUGGUUGUUGCUGUUAUACAGAACCAAAGGCCAGAACAGAUACCUCUAGUAGAUUUUCUGUGCUUGGGGUUAGAGCAUAUUGCAAAUACCUUAGAGGCAAAAGGAACGUGGCAGUGAGCACACAGAGAAAACACAUUUGCUGGAAAACAAUGGUAAUUAUAAAGUAGGACACACAACUGCUGGGCAUAAGCCUUGCCCUCUCCAAGUCGACCUGACUGUGCAGCAAAUUUGGCCAACCUGCCAGAGAGGCAGCAACUGCUAGGCUUCCCCCUUAGCAAGAAAGCGCUAAAUUCGUUUUCUGCCGAGCAUCCGCAGCCAAGAUCUCACCCCGAGAUCGCCGAGGCCCUCCUUCGGUGGAGCAAACUCCCGGCAGCAAGGCCCAGCCCCGGGCGGGAUCGUUCCAAUCUACACACUUGGCCCGCACACCCCGCACACCCGGCUCCGGGAGAAGUGGCAGAGCCGCGCCGGAGACUGCAGCUUGGUCUGUGAGUAUCCCUCGGGCAGCGGCGGGCGCACAGGGCCCGACGCCAGGCCCGGGGCAUGAGGCGGGGGUCGCGGCGCGCCCCUGCCCCGCCCCUCGCGGGCGCCCCGCCGCGCGCUGCGGGCCUGCGUGUCCUCGCGCCGACCCCUCCCUCGCGCGCCUCGCCCGCGGCCGCUCCGGCGCACGCGCGCGGCCUCGCGCAGGGCGGGGAGAGGCGGCAGCCUAGGGCGCCCGGCCCCGAACCUGUCAGAUCCGGGGAGCCGGGCUGCAGCUGCCGGCGCGGCGGGCGCCAGGACGGCCCAGCUCCCCGUCUGCCCCGGCCGAGCUGUGCGAGCCGGGCCGCCGAGCCGGCCGGCAGCGGGGAGAUGAGCGGCGGCCCCGCGGCAGCGCCCCAGGUAGACGCGCCGCCCCCUCGCGGAGCCCGGGCGCCUCCGGGCCGGCCCUGCGCCCCCGCCGCCCGGGGCUUCGGAACUUGUGGGCAGUGUUGGGGCGCCUGUAAUUUAUAACGUGUUUCGUGUUCCCCAGGAUGGGGAGGAACGCGCGGCAGUGUCUCCGGGAACUGGCGGCCCGGUGAAGUAGGAGCCGCCGGCAGCCCGCCUGCAGCCGGCCGUUCCGCGCCGCCUCUGCCAUGGCCGGAUCCGGCGCGUGGAAGCGCCUCAAAUCUCUGCUGAGGAAGGAUGAUGCGCCGCUGUUCUUAAAUGACACCAGCGCCUUUGACUUCUCGGACGAGGUGGGGAACGAGGGGCUUUCUCGGUUUAACAAACUUCGAGUCGUGGUGGCCGACGAUGGUUCUGAAACCCCGGAAAGGCCUAUUAACGGGGCGCACCCGGCCCUCCAGGCCGACGACGACUCCUUGCUGGACCAGGACUUGCCUUUGACCAACAGUCAGCUGAGUUUGAAGGUGGACCCCUGUGACAACUGCAGCAAACAGAGAGAAUUACUGAAGCAGAGAAAGGUGAAAACCAGAUUGACCAUUGCGGCCGUUCUUUACUUGCUUUUCAUGAUUGGAGAACUUGUAGGUGGAUACAUUGCAAAUAGCCUAGCAAUUAUGACUGAUGCACUCCAUAUGUUAACUGACCUAAGUGCCAUCAUACUGACCCUGCUUGCUUUGUGGCUGUCUUCAAAAUCACCAACCAAAAGGUUCACCUUUGGAUUUCAUCGCUUAGAGGUUUUGUCGGCUAUGAUUAGUGUGCUCUUGGUGUAUAUACUUAUGGGAUUCCUCCUAUAUGAAGCUGUCCAAAGGACUAUCCAUAUGAAAUAUGAAAUAAAUGGAGAUAUAAUGCUCAUUACUGCAGCUAUUGGGGUUGCAGUUAACAUAAUAAUGGGAUUUCUGUUGAACCAGUCUGGUCACCAUCACGCCCAUUCCCACUCCCUGCCUUCAGAUUCUCCUACCAUAGGUCCUGGGUAUGGACACAACAAUGGGCAGGAUAGCCUGGCGGUGAGAGCUGCUUUUGUGCAUGCCUUGGGGGAUUUGGUACAGAGCGUUGGUGUGCUAAUAGCUGCGUACAUCAUACGAUUCAAGCCAGAAUACAAGAUUGCCGAUCCCAUCUGUACAUAUGUAUUUUCAUUACUUGUGGCUUUUACAACAUUUCGCAUCAUAUGGGACACAGUAGUUAUAAUACUGGAAGGUGUACCAAGCCAUUUGAAUGUAGACUAUAUCAAAGAAUCCCUGAUGAAAAUAGAAGAUGUAUAUUCAGUGGAAGAUUUAAAUAUCUGGUCUCUCACUUCAGGAAAACCUACUGCCAUAGUACAUAUACAGCUAAUUCCUGGAAGUUCAUCUAAAUGGGAGGAAGUGCAGUCCAAAGCAAAGCAUUUAUUAUUGCACACGUUCGGCAUGUAUAAAUGUACUAUUCAGCUUCAGAGUUACAGGCAAGAAGGGGACAGAACUUGUGCAAAUUGUCAGAGUUCCAGCACCUAAUUUGAUAUGUUUUGGGGACUACUGCCUUAUUCUCCUGCAGUCACAGACCUGAGAGCAAUAAAUGCACAACUAAUGA